AUGGCCAAGCUCCUGUUCUUCCUCCUCUCCCUCCUAUCUACCAAUAUCUCCAAAGGAGCGGCUCCUUCGCUAGCAGUAGUCUCAAUCAAAUCCAUCCUCAUAAAACCCAUCAGGUGCUCCAGCCCCUCCCCCAUCCCCAUCUGCAGCUCCUACCUCUACGUCGACCGCCGAGGGCUGCCUUUCUCGGAGAUCGCAUCCAAAUACUCGGCUGAUGCAUCACUGAUGAAGGCCAUCGCCCGGCCGACGGGCGAGGCUGACUUGCUUGUCGAGGUCCCAUGCGUGUGCGAGGAGACAGACAACACCACCAGCUCUGCCUUCCUCCUCCAUGAUACGAAGUAUACAGUUCAGAACCACGAAACACCCGAUGGCGUCACGACCAAUAAGUUCAGCGGGCUUGCAUGGGACGUCGGAGGAGGAGCAAAUCUGACGGCAGGCGAGAUCACGGUGCACCUCCCAUGCGGCUGCUCGGCGGCGGACGCCGGGGUGGAGUUGGUGUCAUAUGCCGUACAUGAUGGAGAUACUCUUACCACCAUCGCGGACCUGCUAUCAUCGGAUGCCAGCGCAAUACAGGGGAUGAACAGCAUGGUGACGAAUCCGGACUUCCUGAGUCCCGGUUGGGUGCUUUUUGUGCCCAUGAGAAGCAGCGGUUCACCGCAGACAUCUUCUGGCCGGAAAGGAAAGAAGAUUGCAGUGAUUCUAGGCAUAUCAUUGUCGAUGGCCUUCCUUGUAGUUAGUGGAAUAAUAAUUAUCAUUUGCUUGAGAAACCGAAUCCAUCGUCACAACAGGGAAGAUCUUAAGAAGAAAAUGAACAAGACCACGAGUGCAAAGAGCAUUGCAGCCCUGGAGAGCCAGUACCUUCCCAAUAAGACUGCUGAAGAUGUUCAGCCAUUCGAGUCUGAGAGGCCGGUCAUCUUUAGCUUGGAAGUGGUCGAGGGAGCGACAGCUAACUUUGAUGAAACUAGAAAGAUUGGGGAGGGAGGAUAUGGGAGUGUCUACUUUGGAAUGAUAGGAAAUCAGGAAGUCGCGAUUAAAAAGAUGAAGUCGAGCAAGUCCAAGGAGUUCUUUGCCGAGUUGAAGGUGUUAUGCAAAGUCCAUCACAUAAAUGUGGUUGAGUUAAUUGGUUAUGCAGCAGGCGAUGACAACCUCUAUUUGGUUUAUGAAUACGUUCAGAACGGUUCACUCAGUGAACAUCUUCAUGAUCCACUUCUGAAAGGACAUCAGCCUCUCUCUUGGAAUGCAAGGGCACAGAUUGCAUUGGAUGCUGCCAGGGGUAUCGAGUACAUUCAUGAUCAUACUAAGGCAAGAUAUGUUCAUCGCGAUAUAAAAACUAGUAACAUCCUGCUGGAUGGUGGACUGAGAGCAAAGGUUGCAGACUUUGGGCUGGCAAAGUUUGUGGAACGCAGUGGGGAAGAUGACUGCAUAGCAACUCGUUUGGUUGGGACUCCUGGCUACCUUCCACCAGAGUUGGUCCGCGAGCUCCAGAUGACCACCAAAACCGAUGUUUUUGCUUUUGGAGUAGUUCUUGCAGAGCUGAUAACCGGUCAUCGUGCUCUCCUUCGAGACAAUAAGGAACCUACCUACAUGAAAUCGCUGAUCUCAAUUAUGAAAGGAAUUUUUCAAGAGGAUGAUCCAGAGAGUGCUUUGGAGGCAGUUAUAGAUAGGAAUCUCAAUGACAGUUACCCUGCAGAGGAAAUAUACAAGAUGGCAGACAUCUCCAUGUGGUGCUUGAGCGACGAUCCGCUGGACCGUCCAGAAAUGAGGGAGAUAACAGUGAAGCUGGCUCAGAUCCUCAUGGCCUCCAUUGAGUGGGAAGCAUCUCUGGGAGGAAACAGCCAAGUCUUCAGUGGCGUCUUUAAUGGAAGAUGAGACACUGAUCUCAACUAGAAAUGUAAAUGUAAUUAUUCUCCUUCCCACUGAUGGAAGCAGGUUCUAAAAUGAGGGUUGUAAUGGAGUAGAUCAAACAGGUACUAUGGAGACAGAUAUCAGCAAUGUUAACCUUAUCAG